AUGGGUUGUUUCAGCAACUGUUUUAAUCUUUCACACAUCACACUUCCACCAAAUGUCAAAGAGAUCGGAUCUAACUGCUUCGAGAACACUAACAUCACAACUUUCACAGUUCCAAAUUUCACCGAGUACAUGUCAGACUACGCCUUCAAAGGAUGCACAAAUCUCGUCAAGUUCACAAUUCCACAAGAUUGCUCUCUUCGAAACAUCGGCAACUUGUUCUUCGACGGAUGUUCAUCUCUGUCUGUCAUCGAAUGUCCACGAAGUGACUACUUCUCAGUCGAUGUCGGUGCUCUUUACAACAAAUCAGAGACAGUUCUCUUCUGCUUCCCUCCAGCGUCUGAGAUCAAGUUCUUCAAUCUUCCACAGACACUUCGCACUAUAUCAACAGGCGCGUUCAUCGGAUGCAGAAAUCUGAUCAGCAUCUCUAUCCCAGACGACUCCGUUCGGACCAUCGAACAAUAUGCGUUCGCGAACUGCUCAUCACUGACAUCGAUCAACAUCCCUAAGUGCAUCGAGAACGUCGAAAGUUCAAUCUUCUUCGGAUGUGAUCAUCUGAGAUGUGGUGUCAUCAUAGAGAACAGGUCAAUUUCAUUCAUUCGGAAAAUCAUAUCGGAGUGUCUUCUUAACCCGAAAGCGAUAUACUCAUGUGAUUUCCUUACAUGUCAAUGCAGAAUCAUCAACACUGAAAUCACAUCAUCACUUCUCUAUGCAUUCGCUAUUAUUCUAGAUGUGGGACUAUUCUAA